AUGGGGGUAUAUGGGGGUAUUUAUAGGGGUGGAGCUGAAAAUUUGAACCAGCAACGGCUAGCUGACGUGGACCAAUCGCGUCGCGCCACGUCAGCUAGCCGUUGGGCACUCCCGCCCCACUCCCGCCCCGCUCCCGCCCACUCUCGCCCGCAUCCAGCCCGCCUCCCGCCCCGCUCCCGCCCACUCUCGCCCGCCCUACCGCCCGCCUACCUCCCGCCCCAGCCCGCCAUCGCGCCGCCCCCGCCUCCCCGCCCCCACUCCCGCCUCCCUCCCGCCGCCAACGCGGGCGCCAGCCGGGCGGGAGCGGGCGCUACCGCCCGGGCGCCCCCGCCGGCGCCCCUCCCUCCCCGUCCCGCCCGCCUCCAGCCCCUCUCCCGCCCCGCCCCGGGCGGUAGCGCCCCGGCUGCCGCCCGCGUUGGCACCAGCCUAACUGAUGUGGUGAGGUAA